AUGGUAGUGGUGGUUGAGGUAGUGGUGCUGGUGGGCCAUGACUUUGCUCUCCUUCUUCCCCGACUUCGCUCUUCUUCAAUUUCUCCCAAUUCGCAGCGAGAGAGAGAUGGUGCCGCCGGCAACGGAGCGGAGAAACAAAUCAUCAGACCCGGGACCGGUCCCAAACGUGCUCCGGAUCAAACCGUCACCGUUCACUGCACCGGAUUCGGGAAAGGUGGUGAUCUAUCCCAGCAGUUCUGGAGUACAAAGGACGCUGGGCAAAAGCCUUUCUCCUUCAUAGUCGGUAAAGGUGCUGUCAUCAAAGGCGUUAUCGGAAUGCAAAUUGGAGAGGUUGCUCGCUUACGGGUAUGUAGACUGCUCUUCUCAUCAUGCAAACAUAUUUGA